UUUAUGUCAGUGUAGUUUUUCAUCAGUGAUAAAGCUGGAUUUAGGUUUAAACAAAGUGUUUGUUAUCCUGGCCUAUGGAAUAUCUGACCACUCAAGGAAGAUGUGGCCAACUGCCAACUUUUCACUUUUUAUUUUAUACGCUGCUUUAUUUUCAGAGACAGUUAUUGCUGUAAUGGACGUGUUAUAGUUCCCAGCAGGUAUAUGUUUCUACAAAGAUUCGUUAUGGGGAAUUUCUUUUUGUUCUGUUAAUUUGUUGCAUGCGAUUAAACUUGCUCGUAUAUCUAGCAGAUGAUCAACAUGUGAACGGGAUUCAGUUAACCUCAACCUCAGCAGGGCCAACCGUCAUGGUGCUUGAUGUCCAGGCUUUACCAUGGCAACCGGAUGUAGACGAUAAAAGCAAUAGCCCGAGUGAAUCCGAUGAUGAUCGGAUCUAUUACGAGGAUUUUGUGGUGGUAGAGGAGGAAGCUGAGUAUCUAGAUGAUGUUAUAGAAAUAACCGUCGUUGAGGGCCCUGGCAGCAGCGACGAAUCAGAGCCAUCAAGUCAACAAGAACCAAAAAUAUUCCCGAAACGGAAGAGCGUUGGUAGAUCAAUGAAAGAUGCAAUUAAGAAAAGAACAUCAAGAUCUAAUCUAGAAACACCUGGCGGCAAGAUCAAGCUCGUUGCACGCAUUAAGUCUUCGGAUAAUGAUGAUUCGGCUAACGACCCUGUAGGCUCAGAUUCACAAAGGGAACCCAAAUAUCUUAAGCGUGUAGACAGUGUUGGUUCCAGGUUGAAGGAAGUCCUGAAGAAGAAAAAGAGCAAGUCCUCCGUUUCAUCAGACGUCUCGGAGACUGGAGAUGAAGACGCACAGAAGAAAGAUAAAACAGAUAAAAAAGAGGCGUUCAAAUUGUCGAAACGACUGAACCUUUCUAAGGUCAUACGAAGCGGAAAAGCAAAAAGAGGUUCAGAGAGUGAUGGAAAUGGCAAAGAUUUUGAAGUGAAUGCAGGCUCGUCCAAUGUCUCGCACAAUGGAGGUUGGGUUUCAAAUUUCUUGGUUAUCAAAAUACCUUUUAGAUAGGUCUACAAGUCAGGGACAAAAUUGUGAAAUUUUUAAAGUUUUAGAAUAGGAUCUGUGUUUGAAAAUUGGGGUGACUUUUUGGACACUAGGUGGCAGCAGACUUACCAGGUAAAUCCUUUGUUCUCGGUAGUAUGCGCAUGCACAAACAAUGUAAAUUUACCUGGCAAGUCUGCUGCCACCGAGCGUUCCAAAGUUUCACAUAACAUUAACAUACAAACAUACGCAUUAUCCGAGCAGAAAAAUGCUCAUCAGAUUUUAUACAAAGUGAGGGAGACGCCAGCGUCUCGUUAACUACCAUUUUAUGUAUUUUUCUGUGAAUUCUGAAAAAAGAGACCUUUCCAAAGACAUCAUACACUAUUGUUACAAACAUUGCAUUAACAGAUAUUGAAUAAGCGGGCGACCCCAAAAGUAGGGCGGGAUAUCUCUUUUGUAGAACGAUGGUAUGUUAUCUGGAGGUCGUUUGUUCAAGUCCCACUCCUGUAAAUUUUUCUUUGUUUAAACCCAAAGCUGAACGUUAAAUGUGGUAAAGAUAGACUCAUAUCUUUUAAUACAAUUUGCAAGGUGAACCUCCUUCUAAUGCAGGUCCUUUUUUCUUAUUGAACUGUUUGACCAAAGAUACACAGCCCAUCCAAUUUUCAUUCAUAAAAUGUUUUACAAAUUACACUUUUUCAGGAAACAUUAAUGAUGUUUAUAAGGACAUUCCAUUUGGAUUCGAUACUGAGUUCGGACUUGGUUUUGGAGGUGACAAAUUUUUCACAAUUUCUUAAUGCACUUUCGGUGUCCCCUACUAUUCUUGUACACCAGUGUUAAUUCAUAGAAGUUUCUAUGUAAUUAUUCAUGUUUUAAUCUGUAAUAACUUGUGUAUAUAUUUGUGUUCAUGUCUGUCUUAACUGUGUUAGAAAGUGUGAAAAGGAAGAGGGAAUUAUUAACUCAAUGUUUUUGUCAAACCUACAAAAUUAUCCCCAUUUCAAAUUUAACAUUUAUAUAAAAAAAACGUUGUGAACUAAAUGUUUCUAAUAUUACAAGAAGUGUUUUUGGUAGAGGGUUUUUUAAGUAUUGCCAGUCAUUAAAUCAAAAGACAUUUAAGUCUUGCUAUGAUUGCAAAAC